AUCGACCGCCUGUCAGGCAGUACGUGAAGCUUGGGUUGCUGCUCUGCGCCAUUUUGCGCCGGUCUCCCGUCGUCGCUGUUUCCCUGCCGCGGAGUUCUUCCAGCCAUGACGAGCCCUAGCGAGACCGAGAACUCUGCAGGUACCGCACCCCCGGCGAAGGCCGAAAAGCCGGCAGAAACUCCAGUCACACAGGAGACAGCCGCCAGCCCGACGUCCGACGCCACCACGACCGCCGCUUCGGCGCCGGCAAACAAGCCCAGCGUUCACAAGACGGAUUACGAUAAAGAUGUAGUCUAUCUCUACCAGUUCACUCGCUGUCCAACUUUGCCCGGAAUCUCGCCUUUCUGUUUGAAAGUUGAGACUUGGCUGCGCAUGACACAAGUGAAGUAUGAGAAUGUGGACCACAAGCUCAAGUUUAAAUCGAAGAAAGGUCAACUCCCGUUUGUGGAGCUCAACGGCGAGGAGAUAGCAGAUUCUGACAUCAUCAUCAAGCAACUGAGCCAGUUUUUUGGCAAAGAUCUGGAUGCCGGCCUAACCACAGAGGAGCGCAACAUCUCUCACGCCUUCUCAUCUAUGCUCAAUAACCACACAGGCUGGGUGUCUCGCUGCUGGCGUUAUCGUCACCCUGGCCAGUUUCUGAAGGCAGCCCAGAUGGAUGUCAAGCGCAUGCUCAACUCAAAGUUGCCUAAAGGCGUCCUGCAGUUCUUUUUCAAGCUUGCUUUUAAAAGCAAUGUGCAGCAGACCAUUGGCCAUGGCCUGGGCCGUCACACAACAGAGGAGAUCUUGGAAUUUGGGAAGGAAGAUCUUAAACACCUGUCACAGUAUUUGGGCACCAAACAGUUCUUCUUUGGCACAGAGCCUCACUUGCUCGACUGUGUGGCCUUUGCCCACCUCUGCCAGUUUGUGUACGUGCCCUUCGGUGGUCUCCUGGAGUUCAUGGAGCAGGAAUGUGCUAAUCUGCUAGCAUUCGUGGAGCGCAUGAAGGAGCGCUAUUGGGCUGACUGGGACGAGAUCUGCAAGACCCUGGAGCUCAACACGCAUCUGCCCAAAAAGGCACCAGAGGAGGAGCCCAAAAAGGCUGCCGACGAGUCUGCCCCAGCUGCUGACGAGAAGACUCCUCCUGCCGAGGAUGCUGUCAAAAAACCUGAAGCUACUGUUGACGAGGUCAAGAAGGAAGAGGUUAUCAAAAAGGAAGUUGUCGAGGAGGUUGUUACUAAGACCAUCACAGAGGUCAAGGAGUGAGCAGUUUCGGCACUGGAGAAAGGCUUUAGUCAUUUUUCCGUUCCAAGGGUUUGGGAGGUGGGGGGGUAAUAGUUUCGUUCUUAACGAGACCUCAAGAAGGGUCGUUUUCAUCUCAUUGUGCAGCGAAGCAUAAGGGAUCUCGCAUUUUCAUGCUUCUUUAAUGGAGAGCAGUUCUUCGUUUUUUGGGGGGAGUUUGGAGGCGAAGGGAAAUCCCGUGGAGUUGAUGCAGUGUGUGGUUUUUAGCAAUGUGCACAGAGCUAGAAAGUAUUAUACAGGGAGCUCGUUGCACAGGGCAUUAAGAGCUUUUACGAGCAAGUCAUGAGGGAAAGGGGCAGCAGUGCAUUUGAAAUUUUUUGUUCCUCUUUUUUUUUGUGCAUGGGUGGCCAACUUUCAUGCGUUUUUGUUUGGAGGGCUGGUCAGAUCGAGGAGCUGAAGACAUCUUAUACUCAUGAUCCACUACAUACUCAAAGCAAUGCAUAUUAUAUUAUAUCAAAGUUGUAAAUUUGCUCUUGGUGUAUUUUUCAUCUGUCGUACAUCCUUUUGUUUUUAAAUUCUGUGUACACAUGUAACUAUAUGCUCGUUUCUGUUGUAGAGAUCUGUUUUUGUUCCUGCUACUUGAGUUCACCUUGAGGUCUAGAUGCCGACUUCGCUAAAACUGCUGCUUGGGCGAGUUGUUCAUGAUUAUUUAGACAGAUCUAUCAGCGCAACGGAAAGAACUUUUAGAGAAGAAACGCAUGCAGUGCUGUGUGUGUGUUUCUUCUCUACAACUUGUCUUUUUUUGCGCUGGUAGAUCUGUUUAGAUGCGGAAUUGCUCAAGGAAAUUUUUGACGGUUGUCUUGCCAUCUUUUUGCAUACAUGCUGUUAUUGUAUUCAUAUAUAGCAUACUGUAGAUCUCAUGUGAGUGUUUACAGCAAAAGUUUUUAUGGCGUUUUUGCUCGACCAUUUGUGUGAACAAAUUUUCAGCCUGAUCAACAUUCUUUGUAUGUCCCUUUUAAUUCAAUUUUUUCAACUGUCAAUGUGUGCAUGGUCGCAUUAUUGUACAUGCCCGCAGCUUUAUACUUUUUUAUGGCAGUUUUUGUAAUGCCUUUUUACUUUACCUUCCUUCCCUUCCUGUUUCCCCUUUGAUGUGGAAAUUUGUAAAAAUGAGACAACACAGAUUAAAGUUUGUGGAUGAAUU